GCAACGCAACGAAAGAAAGUACGGUCUUUCGUUUUAUUUUCCUCGCUGUUUUCGUUCGCGCUAAAUCUGAACCAUUUUGGGAGAUUGCAAAAUCACCAAAUUGGGGCCGGUUCCUGUGGUACAGCGGAUCGGGACUCCGAGUCUCAGUGUCGACAGCGUGCAGCGAAAAUACGGUGCCGUGCUUGAGCGAAACCCCUCCGCCGACCUGAGCGAAACCGCCGGGCUGAACUGGCCGUAAUAGUAACGAACCGAAACGAAAAUCAAAAAAACCUCCCCCAACGAUGGCUUCCCGAGGCGGACCGAUGGUCCUGGGCACGGAUGGUACCGACUUCGAGCACAGACAACGCGUGGCCGCACACUACCAAAUCAGCGCACUCAAUAAAUCACGGUUAAAGUAUUGCAUUUUCUUCCACUAUCUGCUGUUCUUCGUGAUGCUAGUCAAACUGUCCGCUGAUAUCUUAGACCGACUCGAUAUAUUUAUACUGGAAAUAGAGGAGCUGCAGAUACCGCCCCCACUGUGGUGGGAAUAUUUCUGGUGUCUGUCCGUGUUUCUCUCCUUCAUUGGACUGGCGGCAAUCCGUGGCAAUCGAGUGAACGACAUGAAAAAGUAUAUGGUUGGUAUAAGUACGGUGGCCUUCGUGCCACUGCUGUACUGCAUCAUUUACUAUCUGGACGAUGUGCUCGAGUACCUCAACCUGGAGGAGGGUACCGAUCUAGACGAUACCGACAUUUUCGUCUGGCAGGUAAUUGGCUAUCCGUACGGGCUGCUGUGGUACGGGUUCGUGCUAAUGGCCUUCCAGGUGCACUUUUUCUCGCUGUUCUUUGCCUGGAAUCUGAUCAAAGCCUGGAGAGCACGUGGCGCCCUUAAAAAAGGGCAGUAAACGCGGGAGAGAUCUUCCAGACUGCCAACCGUCUGUGCAGCAGCGCUUAAAUGCACUCUCACAUGCACUCAAUUGAAACCAACACUCCCGAUCCGAUUAAAUGCGAUUCAUCUUGUGCUCAAACCGAUCCAAAAACCAAGAAAACUUAAUCCCUUCGACAAAGACAAUAUACAUAGUGCGAAGUGAAACACACCUCGAAGCUGGUGUAAAUUGUAGAGCUUUUGUUCCUUGCUGGUACCAUGACCCAUAUACCCUUUAACAUGCUACGCUACAGCUACUACGAGAUGAUGGAUGAUGCAUGGAACGAAGUUACGAUAACGAAAGCUGCGCGAAGCAGCACAAAGUCCUGUUGCAUAGAGUUUACUUAAAGCCCUAGUCACGCUUACCUACCUUGAUGAACGACUUUUGCGUGCAGAUCCACAACGUUCUGAUUUUUCGACGACAAAUUCUAUUGGCCUUUGAAACUAGAUUUUUUUCGUUUAGCUUUACCCUUGGUAAUUUUUCUACAAGUACUCGCCAAUACCACGAUAAAGCUUAAGAGGCUUAAAAAUGUUUAUUAUUGUUUUCAUUUUCAAGUAGCUAGAAUCAAAAUCGUAAAACCGUUACUUUUUGGAAAAUCGAAUUUAUAUCCUACGUACAGGACAUUUUUGUGACAAAACUACCCACAGACAAACAGUUCGAAACAAUGGUGUGAAAGUUUUUAACAUGAAUUAAACUGUAGAUGACUGUAGCAACAAAUCAUAAUCAUUACUCGAUAGCGACAAGAAGCUUUUACGCGGUUCUUCGAACCACUGGGGAUGUGAUCCCCGUAGCACUGAAGACGAUCGGCGUAUGCGCAAAAAGGGCGACCGGAUGGAGUUUUUUUUGUUUUAGCAUUGUGUUAGCACCAUUUUGUCCUAUCGGUCGCGGACUAGAAAGCAUGCAUUCGGGAGCAUCCACCCUGAACCGGAAAGUUGGACAAUAAUUAAUCCCCCGGAAAGCAAAAAUUCAUUUCGAAGGACCCGGCUGUGCAUGCCUACUCCCAUAUCAUCUGCGUAAUAUUGGGCUCUCGUCCUCCUUCCGAGCUGCAGACAUGUGUUCUUGUGUUGUUUUUAGUGUUACAUUUGUUUCCGUUUACUAUUUUUUAUUUAUAUUGUUACCGUAAGAGAGCAUUCUCUGCCACAAAACUGAAGCGCAACGAUUAUUACAUCCGGGUUCAAGGUGUACGAAUUGGGUGUACGGGGAUUGGGUUUUGAUUGAAAUGAAAUGUAACAUCUGUAGCCCGUAGCGCGUCGGAAAUGAUAUUUAAAGCUAUGUAGGAAGAAUGAAUUGAAUCGGUUGAGUAGAAUGCGAUACAGAAGUGUAAGAAACUAUUAAGAAGAAUUUAUUUAUAGUAUAGAAAAACCGAGAAAACAUUUCUGACAAUUGUUCUUAUGAAGUUUGUAGAGGAAAUGAACUGUGCUUAAGAAUAUACGAAUAAAGUGGUUUAUCUAAAAAA